UGGCUCUGGGUUAAGUGUAUAUUCCCUCUGGGGUUAUUUGACAAAUAACUUUUACUACAAUAAAAAAAACAAAAGGGACCAGGACCUGACAAAGCUCAAGUUUAGGGGACAAUAGAUCUCUGCCUUCCUCUGUAUUAUAUAGGAAAUAUUAAGCGCUAAAUUCAUUAACUUGCCUUUUUAUUCUCUUUUCUAUACAGAUUGCUACAGAGCUUUUCCUGCUUUUUUGGACUGUGAUUUUGCUGUUACACCUGCCUGAUAACACCUGGGUUUAUUUUUGGCUUCUCCGUUGUUCAGUCACAUCCAUCUUCACCUGAACAGUGUAAGAGAGAGCCAGGGGUUCCUUAGGGAGACCCCCUUGGGGUGCCCCGGCCUUGGGCCGCCCCCUAUUUUUUUUUAACAUCAGAGAAUCUUCUUGAAGAGGUUGUCGACGAUGGAGGAGUUUACGAUCAAGACAUCUCUCCUGCCGCUGUACGUCGUCCUGGAGGACUUCAGGGAGGAAGACACAGACUUUAAGGCCCUUGCCUCUUAUUACGAACAUCACUACCGGGUCCACUACGGCAAGAACGUCGUCCUAGAGGACUUUCUUCUUCUCUAUUACAUCGACCCGAGGACGACGCACAGAGACAACAUUUACGAGUACUGGGUGAUGAUCGAUUAUCUGGAAGUGCUCGAGAGGGAGUGUGUCGCCCUCUACAGUGAGGAGUUGCUGCCUCCUGAAGCAUCAUCGGAACACUGGAGAUGGGGGCAGCAUUUCGAGUAUCUGCGGCUGCAGAAUACUAUCCAAUGGCACCUUCACCAGCUUGCCAUGACGCUCUGGGAGAGGGAGCAGAAGCUGCAGGAGGCUGCUGGUGAGGAACAAAAGGCAAGUCCUGCAGCUGAGGGAGAGGAGGAAGGAGCUCCUGCAGUGGAGGAGGAGAAGGAAGAGGGAGCUCCUGGAGUACAACAAGCUCCUGCAGCAGAGGAGGAAGAGCAGAGAGAAGAGGGAGCUCCUGGAGAACAAGCUCCUGCUGCGGAGGAGAGAGAGGACAGAGCAACUGGAGAAGAACAAGCUCCUACGGAGGAGGAGGAGAGAGAAGAGGGAGACCCUUGGGAACAACAGGCUCCUGCACCGGAGGAGGAGAAAGAAGAGGAAGCAGCUAAAGAACAAGCUCCUGAGGUGGAAGUGACCAUCGAAGAUCCACCGGUGGUAGAAAGGCCGACCCUCCGAAAACGGGUCAAGAAGGCCAUAAUGAAGAGGCUCCGCAGGGUUUGGCAUUCCACCCAAAGACUCACCUGCUGCCGCCGACCCUCCACCACGGCCUAAAUCCUUUCCUUCCAACCUACCUAUCCCGAGAGCGUAUGUCUGUGUGUGUCUGUCUGUUAUGUACAGGAGGGAGAGUGGGGGUUGUGUACAGGAGGGAGAGUAGGGGGUUAUGUACAGGAGGGAGAGUAGGG